CGCGAUUGCGCGAACAUAUUCGAGCCAUCAUGCUGCCCGGUCGCGGGGGCCGCGGCGGCGAACUACAAAUUGCACCGAAAAUGCGUCGGCAACGUGUGCUUCGCCCCGCUGAUGUCUGCCGAGAUCAACGGGGCGAAUAACGCCAUAAAGGCUACGUUCACUAG